CAAAGUAUUGUUCGAGGAGGCUUAAACUCAGAUCUAGAUUCGUGUCGUUUUUUCAAAAAAUAUGUAUAUAAACAUAUCUUACUGGUACUUCUAAGGAGAUUUCGAGAACUACGUCUAAGAUGAAUUCGCAACAAAAUUCGAAUAUUGAGCAGUCGCUGGUAUCGGAAACGGGUCAUGUCCAGACCCAAUACACGGCUUUUCAAAACUUCGAGCAAUACACAGCAGCCGGGUAUACAAAUGCACCGUUGUAUAUAUCGAAGCCGACGGGCAUGGGAACUCUUACGCGUAUAGCUCCGCACUGCUCGACAAUUGGGUCGCAAAGUAAAAUCGAGACAUCGACUCAAGAGGUGAGCAUGCCGCCGGGUAUGGAGGGACAUACUUUGGUCCCGACCGUCAGAUAUAUACAAGCUCCACAAUUCGAUGAAGCACCCGAUUUUGGAAUACCUGGCCUACCGCCCUGUGGCAUGGUAGAACCCCAUUACACAGACGAGCCGGCAAUACCCUAUGGCUAUACAUCGGAUGCUGCCAAUUACGGCUUGCCGGGCGUCAGUGCAAAUAUGAAACAGUUUGCAACGCGACCCUUUGACAAUAAUCUAAAUGGAUCCGAAUCAGCUAUCGAUUCGCAAUGUCGCUCUUUUGUUGAGGGCCAAGGUGAUUUCAAAUUGACACCAUUUGCCACAAACUCACUGAACACGGUGCCGCCCCGAAUCGCUGACAAAGAGGAUUUCAUCGGUGGCUCCGACAGUGAUCUGUGCUCAACAAUGCGAUGGCGCGACCCAAACCUAUCCGAAGUAAUUAGCUUUCUCAGCAAUCCUAACAAUGCGAUCAAAGCAAAUGCUGCUGCAUAUCUGCAGCACUUGUGCUACAUGGAUGAUCCCAACAAACAGCGGACAAGAACAUUGGGAGGAAUACCACCAUUAAUACGAUUGUUGUCAUACGAUGCCCCAGAUAUUCAUAAAAAUGCUUGCGGCGCUUUGCGCAAUUUGUCAUAUGGACGCCAGAAUGAUGAGAAUAAGCGUGGCAUAAAGAAUGCUGGCGGAAUCGAAGCAUUGGUGCAUCUGCUAUGCCGAUCGCAAGAGACGGAGGUCAAGGAAUUGGUGACCGGAGUCUUAUGGAAUAUGUCCUCGUGUGAGGAUAUUAAACGGUCAAUUAUUGAUGAAGCGCUGGCUGCUAUAGUUUGUAACAUUAUAAAACCGCACUCGGGCUGGGAUCCCAUCUGCUGCGGCGAGACAUGUUUCUCAACAGUAUUUCGCAAUGCAUCCGGCGUACUGCGCAACGUCAGUUCGGCCGGAGAACAUGCCCGAGAAUGCCUUCGUAACUGCGAGCACCUGGUGGAGUCUCUGCUCUACGUGGUGCGAUCUUCCAUUGAGAAGAAUAACAUUGGUAAUAAGACCGUUGAGAAUUGCGUUUGCAUUCUUCGCAAUCUAUCGUAUAGAUGCCAGGAAGUUGAGGAUCCCAAUUACGACAAACAUCCAUUCAUUAUACAAGAGAGGGCGGUUCCAUCGUCUUCCAAAGGCGAAAAUUUGGGCUGUUUUGGAACAAGUAAAAAAAAGAAGGAUGUGGCCUUAAGUGAGUCGCAACAGGACUACAUAUUCUCCACCGAAUAUGCAAAGAAUGCUGGAACCCAUAAUAAAACAAACAAGGGAUAUGAACAGCUUUGGCAACCGGAAGUGGUGCAAUUCUAUCUCUCGCUACUGCAAAGUUGUUCGAAUCCGGAAACACUUGAAGCCGCUGCUGGCGCAAUACAGAAUUUAUCCGCUUGCUAUUGGCAGCCGAGCAUUGAUAUUCGCGCUACCGUGCGCAAGGAGAAAGGACUUCCGAUACUCGUCGAACUCUUGCGGAUGGAAGUGGAUCGUGUCGUUUGUGCAGUUGCGACUGCAUUGCGCAAUCUUGCUAUCGACCAAAGGAACAAGGAGUUGAUCGGCAAGUAUGCAAUGCGUGAUUUGGUCCAGAAAUUGCCAUCCGGCAAUGCGCAGCAUGACCAAAAUACGUCCGACGACACCAUCACAGCCGUAUUGGCCACAAUCAAUGAGGUCAUCAAAAAGAAUCCAGAAUUCGCACGAUCCCUUUUGGAUGCCGGAGGUGUGGAUAGGCUAAUGAAUAUAACCCGACGCAAGGAACAAUAUACGACUUGUGUGAUCAAGUUUGCCAGUCAGGUGCUGUACACAAUGUGGCAGCAUCACGAGCUGCGCGAGGUCUAUAAAAAGAAUGGAUGGAAGGAGCAGGAUUUUGUUAAUAAACAUUUUGCAGCACACAGCACCCCGCCAAGUUCACCAAAUAAUGCUAACAAUACACUUAAUAGACCAAUGGCAUCUCAGGGACGAACGCGCUACGAGGAUCGAACGAUUCAGCGUGUCCCGAAUUCGGCAUCCUAUCGAAAUAAGGAUGCAUCUGGAGGAGGAGUAGGUGGUGGAGGAGGAGGUGGAGGAGGAGCUGUCAUCACCAACAACGAUUCAGCAUUGUUGUCGGAAAUGGUUCGAAAACAAUUAUAAAGUGUAUAUUUGUUUGUUAAUUAUUUUAUUAGUUAUAGAUACAUACUCACUAUAUAGUAUAACUCUUGAAAUUAUCGAGAGCUGACAAAAUAUUUGUGGUUUUACUCUGGGGCUUUAUAGUUUUUCCAAGGUAAGGCGCUAGUUGUACGAACAGUUGGCAUAGUUUUCAAAAUAAGAAAAGUGUUCUUUUUCUUUUCUAUCUUUUUAUUCGAAAUUCUAGUUGUUCCAUUUCGAGUGUCAUCAUCAUAUAUAGUAUACAUCAAUUUACAAUUUCAAGCAAUUUGAUUGAAAUGAAAACUUAAUAUACAUAUCAACGCAAUUUAAAAAAAUUUAUUAUAUGUGUGGAAAAGAAUGUUUGGCUUGAAUAAACCCAUCAUUUGUUUAAUUCUUUAAGAAUAUGGCGAACCAUUUGAACAUUUUGUAACAUUAUGCAAACCCAAAUUUAAUUUUAUAUGUUGAAAAAUAUCUUGGUUGGGUUCUACGAGCCAUUUUAUUGCACAGAUAAUAUAAUCGUAAAUGAUGAAUAAAUGAUUUUUUUAUUUUGCGUUCAUAUACAAAAAUAAAUGGAGUUCUGCCGAAUGCCCAAAAACCCUUGGAAUAAGUAUAAAACCCCGAUAAAAAAAAAGAAAAUAAAAAUUUGUGUUUCCUAAGUUAUUGUAUUAAAAAUUCAUCGUUUAUUCAUAUGUAUGCAUUAAGAUUUUAUAGCAUCGAUUAAAAUAAUUGUAAGAGGUGUCAUUUAUUUCACACCUAUAUAUGCAUUUGACUACAAAAUAAAAUAAGAUUAUUCG